AAGCCCCCUGAAGGACAGAAGGAGGGUAACGCUGGAGGAAGCACUCGCCGAGGAAAGGGAUACAGAUUCUUCUUUCCGCUUGAAAUGAAAUCAGUUUCCCAUGGCUUCAUUUCCCACCAAAUCCGACCGUUAGGCUUACCCGCUUUUCAAACUUCCCGCCUCCCUUCCUCGUCAACCCUUCUAAACAUAAAAUUGUUUCGCAAAAAUCUUCCAAAUCCAAGUGGUUUCCGGGCAUUAACUGUCAAUGCUCGACAGACCCAUUCCUCCGACGCAAAAACCAAGACGCAGGAUGACGGCAUCCCCAUCGAUCUCGUCAAGGUCCUCGUGAAAUUCAAGUCCAGGUACAAUUACAUCAGAGUUCUUGAAGUUUCUAGAAAGGCCGAUCACCCGUUUGCAGGGUCCAGACUCCUCUUACUCGAUGGUCCCGGAAACAUCCACAGCAUAUCCUUCCUCUUCAAGUUACUUACCAACACUUACUUCGAUGCCUUUGCUACUCUCCCACCAAUUUUACCUCCGGGGCCCUUGGGCAUUCUUGGUUUUGGAGCAGGUUCCACCGCCCGUUUGAUCUUGGAACUGUACCCAGAAGUCGAAGUUCACGGCUGGGAGCUUGACCCGUCUGUGAUUUCGGUGGGUCGAGAGUAUUUUGGCCUUUCCAAGCUCGAAAAACAGAACCCACAGAAGCUUUUCAUUUAUAUAGGAGAUGCACUGAAAGCCAGCGUUAGAGAUGGGUUCUCGGGGAUUUUGGUCGAUUUGUUCGCCAAGGGCAGUUUGGUUACCGAGCUUCAGAAUCCAAAGACAUGGAAGAAACUGAAAAGAAGUUUGAGAAAAGGGGGAAGAAUUAUGGUUAAUGUCGGAGGAAGUUGUGUGGAAGCCGAGGAUCCAAGAAGAGACGGGAAAUUAGUUAUGGAAGAGUCUUUAAAAGCGAUGCAUCAGGUCUUUCCGGGCCAAGUGUUUGUUUUGAAUCUUGGAAAUAGGAAGGAUGACAGCUCGAUCGCUCUGACGGGUGAGUUGCCUGAUCCCAGUCUGUGGAAGCAGAAGUUACCUUUAUCCUUGAGAUGUUAUGUGGAUAUGUGGGUUCCUUUUCAUGGAUAGUAUGAUUUGUUCGUGUUCUCUAUGUCUGUGGAGCUUUGUGUUGUAUCCUACAGAUAUGUUGGGAUAAUGAAUGAUUUAGCAAUAUUUAACUUCGUUCUUUUUUUCA